AUGUUUCUGGUGUCUAGCGAUGAUGCACAGGCGCGAAGUGCGGGACCUCGCUGGAGGUGCGCACUGCUCCUGGCUGCCCUGCUGGUGUCCAGGUGCGGUCCGGCGAGCUGUUUCUCGGCGGGCCGACCGCGGGUGCAGCGGGCAGCAUUCGAUUUCAACCUAGGAAACCUGUUCGGGGGCGAGGAUGAGCUGCAGGUGCCAAAGGACGUGGCUGCCAUGGUGGCGGGUCUGAAACGCAGCACCGAGAACGCAUUGAAUUCCGCGUGUAGCCGCCUGGAUGUGGAGCUGCCGCCCUCCUUUCAGCUGGGCGUGGAGAACAAGUUGAAGAGCCAAAUUGUCGAUGAGAAGAAGAGCAAGGCAGUGGUCCUCAAGGAAGUUGCCCGAGGGGACAGAGAGCUAGCGCGUGUCUUCGUGGAGAUGCUCAGCUCCCUGGGCCCCGGCCUGGUGGUGGCCUUCCGCACCCCGCAGCUGCAGAAGGCUGCGAAGAAGCGUUGGAAGCUCACCAAAGACGAGGCGCAGACCAUCUCCUUCCCGGACCCCCGGAAGUCCGCCUUCACCCAGGAGGUGGGGAUGCCUGCGGUGUUUAGAGAGACGGUGAAGAAGGUGAAGUGCAACUGCCUGGUGGCGGUGGCGCCGCAGCAGGAGCAGCUCCAGUGCGUGGCCGAGCUCAGCCGGGAGCUGGGGGACCAGAUGGGCAUCAUCCUGCUGAAUGCACGCAUCCAUGGGCCGUUGCGCAAGGGCUCCAAGAUGGGCCCCAGGCUGAGGUCGGCCCUGGUCAAGGACUUCAAAGCCACCUACCACGUGAGGUUCCUGAAGUCCGAGCGGCUCCCCAAGAACAGCCUCCUCUUUAGACAGGUUGGCUCCGAUGGCGAGGGGCCGUGGAUCGUGGCAGUCCAGCGGCAGCUGGUGGCGGGCGCAGUGGUCACCAAGGAGGUCCUGCGCAGCGAUGAAGAGCUUGGGCACGCCUUGGGUGACCUCUUGGCACUUCUCAGCCGAAGCCCAGCAGUGAGGAGAUCGCCGCAGCAUUUGAACGCCGCUGGGCUACGCGGCAAACGAGAAGGACGUGCACACCCGGCCGAGAUUUUUCCAGAUGCAGGUUUCACGGCCCUUUGGGCCAGCUGCGAGGUCUAA